AUGACUGCGGAGAUCCAGCAAGAGCAUGCCACGGGGAACUUCCAGUUGGCGCCCAACGAGCUCGAGUCGAUGAUGUCCCAGCUCUCCGACAUCUUCCUCCCGGAGAGGGCGACGGGGGAGGCCGUCGACUUCACGUUGGACUCGAUCAUGGCGGACGUCGGAAGCAGUGGCAGUGCUGGGGAGAGCAGGCCGGCGCUGGGCCAGCAGCAGACCUCGCUUCCGGUGGCGUUCACUUCCGGCUUCUCGUUCCCAGGGCUGAGCUUCUCCAUGCCGCAGUCUGCUCCGACCCAAGCGAAUGAUGGGGGCGCGCCCAGCGCCGCAGCGGCAAAAGCGGGGAAGGCGGCCAUCAAAGACGCCGCGGUUGCGCCCACGACGAACAAGAAGAAGACGGUCAAGACUCCUGCAGACGGCGGACAGGCCAACACGCCUUCGCCAUCUGAUUCUGGCAAGGCGCCGAAGCGGUCAGCUGGGCGGCCAACCGAACCUGCGCUCCCGGAGGUCGUCAAAAUGCUGGCUGAUUUCAAGGGUGCUUCGUCGACCCACCCUCGGUUCUUCGGACAGGAGCGCUAUACUCAGACCAAGGCGGUCGGGCGCCUGGUCGACAGAGUCAAGGGCGAGAUGGACAAGGUCGAGGACCCCCUAGAAGAGGACAGGUUCAAGAAGGCGAAGAAGAGCUUGGAGAUCUUGUUGACCCUCAUGAAGGGGUACACUCAGAGCAAGGGCGCUGGAUUUCUGAAGGCUUAUCUGGAGGCUGAGUCUUGGGCCGCCAUGGAGCCUGCAGUCGACCUUGACUUCGUUCCGAGGUGGAUGUCUUCGGAGAAGUCCCGCUCGCAGUUGGCGGCGGCAAAGCCUAAGGAUUUCUGGUGGGAGCUCUCUAAGGACAACAUGCUUCGCAUUGGCUUCGAGGAGAAGGACCUGGACGCAGAGUGGGUCGGCAUCAUCUCCGACAAGGUCGUCGAUAUCUGCCGGUCUGACUCGCUGGGGAACUUGCCUCGUGCCCUGGGUGAACCGCCGUGCCAAUG